CAUUCAUAUAGAUUUGAGGUUCGAGGAACGAAUCAUGCUGCGGCGGCCAUCGCGAAUGUGCACCCUCGCGUAACGGCACUUCUUCCUGUAAUCUGGAUUCUGGGUCACUUGUUGAAUGCCACUUCGUCUGUAUAUUGCACCUGCCAGACCGAGCUAGCCCUAAUUUCUGGAGGAGAACCUGUGUCCCCAAGUCCAAACUGAGAAAAACUACCACCAACCACGUACGAACCCCCAAAGUAGCGUCCGUUCAGGAGUCACCGGCCUUGUCUACCUGAAGGGGCAACCCGCAAUCUCACCAAGCGCUUUUUCGUGAUCCUGGAACUUUCAGGUGUUGAACCCGUGAUAUCGCCGAGGUAUACGAUGAUUGAUCCAUCUGAUCCUGCUUGUGGCAUCUAAUUACGGAUGGGGCACCCGCAGUGGCGAGCGGGAAUAGAGGCCUUUCCUUGCGGGUACAUAUAUAGAGCGAGCCAGCGGCAUUUCCCCCUGUUUUUCUCUUCCUGCUCUGUCUAUCAUUCACCAAGAAGAAGUACCUCUGAAAUUUGCUAGAAAGACUCGCAAAUUUUGUCCUCUCGUUACGUACAUUCUUUUACUGCCGUUAUACUCCACUUCUUUCAAACAAAAUGAAGGUGUCCACCGCCCUCUUCACCCUGGGCCUUGCCCUUGGUGUUGUAUCCGAACCGAUCCGCGUCCAGCGUGACCUCGACGCAUUCAAGGCCAUUUUCACCGAGAUCGAUGGCAAGGUCGACAGCCUCUCCUCCGCCAUCAAUGGAGGAGAUCAAGACAACAUCAUCAGUGCUGGUGAGGACUUGGUCGCUACCAUCAACAAGGGCGUCGAGACCGCCAAUGCUCAGGAUCCUCUGUCCCUAACCGAAGCUCUCGGCCUCACCACCCCAGUCCAGGCCCUCACCAAGAAGGUUGAGGGUGCGAUCAGCCAGGUCAUUGAUGCGAAGGAGGAUUUCGUUGCCGCAGGCUUCGCUUUCACAAUCAAGCAGAACCUUGAUGAUCAAUUCGCCGCAUCCAAUGAUCUCACUGAGGCCGUGAGCUCCAAGGUCCCCGACGGUGUCAAGGAAAUUGCCAAGCAACUCGCCGCCGGUAUUUCCAACGCCAUCCAGAAGGGUAUUGAUGCCUACAAGGAUGUCACCGAUGACGGUGGCAGCACCCCAACCGACGAACCCACUGGUACUGCUGAGCCCACUGGUGAGCCAACUGGCGAACCCACUGGAGAGCCCACUGGUGAACCCACCGCCGAACCCACUGGUGAGCCCACUGGCGAGCCAACCGGCGGAUAUCCCACUCCUCCCCCAGCCUCCACCCCCAGCGGUGGUGUCCCAACCUCGGGCCCCACUCCUCCUCCUGAGUGGGAGGGCGCUGCCGCUAUCAACGGACAGAGCAUCGCCGGUGUCAUCGCUGCCGCUGCCGUUGUCCUCGCCUUUUAA